UGUCGCGUCAAGGGUUCGAAUCCUGAAACAUAGAUUUGGCUCUUGGUUAAGUACACCAUCACGAUACUUCAGGGCAGGGGCGGUGGGGAAGUUAAGAUUAGGGGUUUAAAAAGAACUCCUCCACUUCGUCUCACUGGUUCUCUCGACUCACUCAGAUAAAAAAUUCGGGGUGCAGAAAAUGAAAAUCCCACAAAAUUUUCCCAAAAAAAGGCAAUGUUGAGAGCAUCAUCUCAUCAUCUUCAGCCCAUUUCAUUCUCGCCUCCAGCGCCUCUCUUUGCUCUACUCCACACUUUCACCAAUCGCACGAACGUUACGUUUGCAAUACUGGAAAAAUCCCAAGACUCCAUUGCUCCCACAAUCGGCAAAUAUAACAUCCCUUAAUUGUUCUCGUUGUUAUUUUCUGGGCUCAAUUUCAGGCGGGUAUCGUACAUGUUUGAGUGCAAGUAAGGUCAACUUGCACUCAAAAGUCCACAGCGUCAUUUCCCGCCAGCAACAGUUCCGAAGGUGGCAGAGUAAUAUUAGUGCAGCAUUGGCUUGUCGAAGAAGAUGACAUGAAGCUUUUGCUUGAACUGCUGAAAAAUGUUGCUGAAGGAGGAUUUGAGUGAUUUGUCUGUGGAAUACUCAAUACGUCCAUCAAAAGAGGAAGGAGGAAUGCUCGGUUAGGUGCCAGAAUUUGAGGCGGCUGCAUUCAGUGCAACACUAAAUAAAGUUGUAGGGUGAAAGACUAAAUUUGUGUGGAAUUUAUUGCAAGUCCAAUCUUAGAGGACCUGAGCAUCUUUGCGGGGUUUUACGGUUCUUCCACUUCACCAGUUUAGUAGCUGGGGACAGGAAAUUAUGGCCAAGUUAGAUCCUCAAAAGGAUACAUAUGUUCUGUGCAGUGUCAUCACGGCGUUACAAGUCGCCAAUGGUUGCAGAUGCAGGCGAAGCAUUAUGCAUUUACAGUCAGGGUUUCAAGAUGGUAUUCAACGUGACCAGAGGAAUUCACGACUGUGCUGCGAAAGCAGAUCCCUCAAUAUCUAAAUAUUGAGCAAGAUUUUUCUUUUACGAAGUUCGACUGCUCUUUUAUGGAACAUGAAUGUUGAAUGAAUGAACUUCAUGAAUCAAGGCCUUCUAUCGCUAAACAGUUGUACCGACUGCAUUGUAGGUUUGCAUGGUGAACUGAACGCUACUGAACAGAGUUCAAGAAGAAAUUAAUAUCUGGUUUAAGAUACUGUUGAAUUAUAUCAAAUAUUGCUCAACAAAGCAAGUUUUUAUGGGUUUUUUUUUUUUUUUUUAAAAUUACAAUUAGACUAUCUACAUUCUGUAAUUCAUUGCAUUGAAAUAUCUUCGAUAAAAAAGGAAUACGAUCGAUCCAAGUUCGUACAGCAGGGAAAAGUUAUUCCUACCCUUACAUGGAAACUUGCCAUUUUCACAGACGCCAACCAACCAAAAAUGUAUUAUGUUCCCGGGAAAUCUUCAGAACCCUUGUCUUAAAAUAGUUUCCUUAGAAAAUACAAACUUUUACCAAAAUCUUUCCUACAAUCUCUCACCAUCAGUCCAAUACAACUAAUCUUUCUCAUUGCAUGGCUCUCUCUCUCUAAACACUUCUUUUGAUUCUUUUCCUAAAAACGCCCCCAGAAAAAAAUUCUUCGUUGCUCUUCCUCUGGUUGGGCAAACCCUCAUCCUUCUCCUUCCUUUUCUCCUUGACACUUCUUAUUCCUUCCUUGUUCAAUGGGGAGUUGCUGCUCUCGGGGUGCCAAAGACGCUUCAAAAGGCGAUAACGAGGCGGGGAAAGUCGAAUCCAAGCCGAAACACGAUGAAAAUGCCUCGAUGUGUAACACCACUGCCCCACCUAGAACUACCCCGCCUUCUGCCUCUCCUAAUCACUCCAGGAAGCCUUUGAAACCGACCCCCAUAGGGCCAGUUUUAGGCCGGCCAAUGGAGGACGUCCGCUCGACUUACACCAUUGGGAAAGAGCUCGGGAGAGGACAAUUCGGUGUGACACAUUUGUGUACAAACAAACAAACGGGGGAGCAAUUCGCAUGCAAAACGAUAGCAAAAAGGAAGCUUGUAAACAAGGAGGAUACCGAGGAUGUUCGAAGGGAAGUUCAAAUCAUGCACCAUUUGGCAGGACAGCCUAAUAUUGUUGAACUCAAGGGGGCUUAUGAAGACAAACAUUCAGUGCAUUUGGUGAUGGAAUUGUGUGCCGGAGGGGAGCUUUUCGAUCGGAUCAUUGCAAAGGGACAUUACACAGAACGCGCAGCGGCAUCUUUGCUAAGAACUAUUGUACAGAUUGUCCACACAUGCCAUUCAAUGGGGGUCAUUCAUAGGGAUCUCAAGCCAGAGAACUUCCUUCUUUUAAAUAAGGAUGAAAAUGCACCAUUAAAGGCAACAGAUUUUGGUUUAUCUGUCUUCUUCAAAGAAGGAGAUGUAUUUAAAGACAUUGUUGGCAGUGCAUAUUACAUAGCACCUGAAGUGUUGAAGAGAAGAUAUGGACCAGAGGCAGAUAUUUGGAGUGUUGGGGUCAUGUUGUACAUUCUUCUAUCUGGAGUUCCUCCUUUCUGGGCAGAAUCGGAGCAUGGAAUCUUCAAUGCAAUUUUAAGAGGACAUGUUGAUUUUACAAGCGAUCCUUGGCCCUCAAUCUCAAGUGGAGCAAAGGAUCUUGUCAAGAAGAUGCUAUCUUCAGACCCCAAGAACAGGCUCACAGCAUUCCAAGUUCUAAAUCAUCCAUGGAUCAAGGAGGAUGGAGAGGCACCUGAUACGCCGCUCGAUAAUGCUGUUAUGGAUAGGCUCAAACAGUUUAGAGCUAUGAACAAGUUCAAGAAAGUUGCACUCCGGGUUAUUGCUGGCUGCCUCUCGGAAGAAGAAAUCAUGGGAUUGAAACAAAUGUUCAAAGGCAUGGAUACUGAUAACAGUGGUACAAUAACACUUGAAGAGCUAAAGCAAGGAUUGGCGAACCAAGGGACGAAGUUGUCUGAAUACGAAGUUAAACAACUGAUGGAAGCUGCUGAUGCUGAUGGGAAUGGAACCAUAGACUACGAAGAAUUCAUUACAGCAACAAUGCAGUUAAACAGAAUGGACAGAGAAGAGCAUCUAUACACUGCCUUCCAGUAUUUCGAUAAAGAUAAUAGCGGGUACAUCACGAUAGAAGAGUUAGCGCAAGCUCUUCGAGAGUUUGGUAUGAACGACGGAAAUGACAUAAAGGAAAUCAUUUCUGAAGUCGACGGUGAUAAUGAUGGCCGGAUCAACUAUGAUGAGUUUGUAGCUAUGAUGAAGAAAGGUAAUCCCAAUGCAGCAGCGAAUCCCAAGAAACGAAGAGAUGUCUCGUUUAAUAAUGUUGAAUAAGUUGAGCAAAGGGGAGAAUCUAGAACUUCAUUACUACAUUUACCUCAACUUCUUUAACAGGGUUGCGUAAAUCAUGGUAUCUACUUGUGAUUGAGGUCGAUGUAAUACUAGAGAUUGUUAGAUUGGUCGGAUUAGUUUCAUAUAUGUAAACAUUGGAAUCAAGUUUAUGGCUCCUAUAUAAAAUUGGCAGAAUGGGAGUCUUUAAAUGUAUGUGUUUAUGUUCCAAUAGAAA